AUGAACAAAGCAACUUCUUUACUGCUAGUUGGAUCCAUCUCUGUCCUCCUAUACCUCAAUACUCUUGGUGCAGGCUUUGUUUUUGAUGAUCACCGCGCCAUAUUGACCAAUGAUGACUUGGACAGCAAAAAGACAUCGAUUUACGAGCUUUUCAGUCAUGAUUUCUGGGGAGGAGGCAUGCACCGUAAAGAGAGCCACAAAUCCUAUCGACCAUUGACUGUUAUAACAUAUAGACUACUAAAUUAUGAGUUUGCAGGGCUGGAACCGUUUGGUUAUCAUCUUGUAAAUGUUAUACUUCAUGCAAUAGUCUCCAUGCUCUUCCUCCAAGUUGCUGAAAUUGUUUUGGGGCCUCAUGGAGACAAAGAAUGGUCUACCAUGGCUGCACUGUUAUUUGCAACGCACAGUAUUCACACAGAAGCUGUUGCCAGUGUUGUUGGCAGGGCAGAAUUACUUGCUUGCAUUUUCUUUCUCUUCAGCUUUCUCUUCUACUCUCAAGCCAUAAAUACCCAUUCAAAUUAUAGUAGUGCUUAUACAUUUCUAUCAAUAAUUCUUGGAUUCUUUUCUAUGCUGAGUAAAGAGCAAGGUAUCACAGUGCUAGGUGUAUGUGGAGCAUAUGACGUGCUGGCCCAUUGGAAUAGUCUAUUAAAUAUGUGCUGUAAAAUUUUUAAAAAAGGAAAGGAGAGAUUUGAAAUUCAAUCUGACUGUAGAGAUGUCAUCAAGAGACUGUGUUUUAUUGCAUUAUCUGGGGCCAUUAUGAUGUGGUUCAGGAUAUCAAUGAAUGAAGGAACUGAUCCAAUAUUUAAACCAGAAGAAAUGAGAGCAGCCUUUCAUCCAAACAGACUAGUCAGAAUUUUCAGUUUUAGUAAUAUAUAUGUAUGGAAUAUAUUGCUACUCAUAUUCCCUUCAUCGUUAUGCUGUGAUUGGUCCCUUGGAUCUCUUCCUAUAAUCGAAACACUUUAUGAUGUGAGAAAUAUUUGGUCAUUAAUACUCUACAUUGUGCUAGGGCUGUUAAUUAUAUCUACAUUAAGAGGAGAUACUGUAGUUGGAAUUGGGAUGUCGUUUCUUUUGAUACCGUUUUUACCUUCAGCUGGAAUUAUUUUCAAAGUUGGUUUUGUGAUAGCAGAAAGAGUGCUGUAUUUACCAAGUCUUGGUUAUUGUCUUCUACUUUCUGUCGGUGCAGAGCGACUCAGUAAAAGAAUUUAUAAUAAAAAAAUUGUUCAAAUUGCUUUAGUAUUUGUACUAAUAUCGAUGUCAGUAAAGACAGUUUCACGAAAUUGGGAUUGGCAUUCGGAUUUGUCCCUGUUUGAAUCAGGAGUUAGAGCUAAUCCAGGCAAUGUGAAGCUACACAACAACUAUGCAAUGGAGCUCAAGUCAGCUGGAAGGUUUAAAGAAGCAGAAAAAUAUUAUAAAAUUGCAAUGGAAAUAGAACCAGAUUAUGCUGAAGUGUAUUUCAACUAUGGAAACUUACUCUCUGAAACUAAAGACCACAAAGGAGCUCUUCAUUAUUUUGAAAAAGCAAUGUCAUUCCCUCACAUGUACAGCAAGACUCUUAACAAUGCAGCAACUAUGUACUUCAAACUUGGAAGAUACACAGAGGCUGAAAACAAAUUUAAAGAAUCAUUAGAGAUUAAUCCUGAUCAACCAAUGACAUACAAUAAUCUUGCUAGUUUGUACGGAGAAACAAAGAGGUACAAAGAGUCUUCAAGAAUGUUUAAAAAAGCAAUAGAAAUGAAUCCUGGCUACACUGAGGCUUACUUCAAUUAUGGUACUUUGCUGUAUCAAAUGGGCCAAGUAGAUGAAGGAGAGAAACAUUUAAGACAUGCUUUAAAAUUGAACCCAAAUCAUCAUGGGGCACUGAAUAACCUCAAAGUGAUUGAAUAUUAUAGAAACAAAGGACAGAAAUAAUUCAAAAAAAUAAUUCAGCAAAAAAAUAAUAGUUAAUUAACUAUUAA